AUGGAUGUCUCUCAGCGCUACGAGCUUCCUCCAGAAAUAGCGCGGAUUCUAGGGACUAAUUACGAUGCUGAUGAUAUCCCCAUGCCAGAAGAGCUGCGGGGCCAGGAGGCUCUACCAGACUCUUUGGAUUUUGGUGUCGACGAGGACUUUGACACCAUUAGCUUAGAAGUCACGAAAAAGCGUGUCCGUGAACUGGAGAAGAGCAGACCUGGGCACGUAGAUACUGUGUUACCUAAGGCAGACUUGAACACAUCCAGCAUUGAAGACUAUGUCCGUAAUUUUUUGGCGCAAGCCUCACUGGUGAAGACCCUUGAAUGCUUUCAGAGUGAGUGGCUCGAGGUUAAUGCUCAAGGGAAUCUUCCUGCCACAUCCCAGUUUGUGGCAUCUAUUCCAGACGCUCUUGUCGAAAACAGAAACUUACACAAGAAAAUCUCUGAUCUAGAACAAAUCAACGCGCACUUGAAAAACAGCGCCGAGAAGGCGCGGGAUCAAUACGAGCUCCUUCGAAAGGACAGAGAUUUCCACAAAUCAAAACACAGGCGUGCCUACCAAGAGAAAAUGGUUCUCCUCAAUGAUCUACGGCGCUUGCGGGACCAUUGUGCCCUUUAUGAGCCUCUCAUCCGUGACCUUACUGAGAGGCACGACUCCAUACAUCGGGCAAAGCAGAUGGUUGCUCUUCAACGCGAUAAACUUGAAUCUAGAGUCAAUGCACUGGAGGAAACAAUUAAUGCUAUGCGUGGGGAUAGCGCCUAUGAUGUGGACGAACUGAUUCGUGUGUUCACAAAGGUUCAGAGUGGAUUGAAAUUUGGGAAGAUUAUUGGAGCAGACGGCAAAAAGGUAGAAGUCCAGUCCAUCAUUAAGACGCAACCAGUGCCGAAAACCAAGGGGACAUAUCAGGAUUUAAGCAAUCCAGGUCAUUUCACGAAGUUGACUGGUCAAUCAAGUUCUAAGAUGGAUGCCAGUUUGAUAAAAACUAUCAAGUCCAAAGCAUUUCCGAGUGACGCUCAGCUAGCUAGAUUGAACCCGCUCAUUCAGAACAAGCUAGAGUUAUCAGACUUUGAAACCGUUGCUGACUCUAGACUAACUCUAAAUACAAUCCUAACCAUCAACGCUCACGAAAGCACUGUCUCAUCCGUGGACUUUCAUCAGAAUAGGCAGGUCAUGGCAACUAGUAGUAUCGAUGGAAGCUGGAAGGUGUUCAGUAACCACGACGCACAAACAGCUCCAGGGCAGCUAAUCUUAAGCGGUUCUGGCCAUACAGAUUUUGUAACAUCCGCCCGCUUUUGCCCUGUAAUUAAUGGGCAGACACUGCUUACCACAACAUCAGCGGAUACUACCUGCAAACUUUGGAACAUCGCCACUCAGCAACAGGUCCUCGAAUUAGCAGAACACUCUAGUAUAAUAUGGGAUUGUUGCUGGCAUUGCACGGGAACUUCUGUGGUUACGUGUUCACAGGAUACCACUAUUAAGAUCUGGGACAUCACCACCACUCUAGGCAUGUUAGCUGACGAAAAGGGCUCCAUCUUAAACGUGGGCGUUGAGGACACAGAUGAUACCUUAGGAGCCGGUAACAUGACAAGUAUGACGGGAGGCUUCAGUAUGAUAAGUGGUGCUCAGCAAGCGCCCCAAAAGAAAACUAAGCCAGGGUUGGGCUACUGCAUUGGAAGUCUCCGUGGACAUAUGGGACCUGUGCUAUCUGUUAGCUACGAGCCAUUUGGCAAUUUAGUGCUCUCUAGUUCUAUUGACAAGAAGAUUAAGGUGUGGGACCCGCGUACACUUACAUGUGUGCGUAGCUAUAGCUUCAAUAUCACAAACGCAUGCAAAUCAUGCUGGUCUUUGGACUCUGGUAAAAUUGCAAUGGGAGACGUGGACGGCCACGUAGUUGUAUAUGACAUGCGUGCGAUGCAACCACUUGUACAGCUGGACCUGGGCCAGAAAGCGGGAGUAACUGCUCUUUGUUUUGACAGGAGCAGCGAUGGCGUUAUCGCCGCGUGUUCAGACUCGGUCCUACGAAUUCUCGGAGUAACUAAGGGAAAGGUGCAUACUACAGUCAAAACAAAUGGAGUUGUAGAGUCCAUUCAGUUCUCCCGCAAUAGCGCAGUCUGCGUAACAGGUAACGACUCUGGCGAGGUCAAUGUGUGGGGAGUAUAA